AUGGGAAAGUUUAGCCACUGCUUUCUUCAGCAAUCACAAUUGCAAAAUUGGAAAGAAAAUGUCAGUGAACGUAUGGCAGCAGUCACUAAGCCUUCCAGACACGUUGAGCAAGUCGGUGGACUCUCCAGCAUUCGGCUCCACUGCCGGAACCGAGUCCAUGACGAGACCAGAAAUAGCGGUACUCAUUACCGUCCGAGCCCUUUGUCCCAGCAGUUCUCUAUUGGAGCAGAGGAGGACUCUUCAGGCCUGAUCAAACCUGAAAAGCCAGACAACCCAAAGAGCCCUUUGUCCCAGCAGUUCUAUCUUGGAACAGAGGACUCUUCAGGCCAGAUCAAACCUGAAAAGCCAGGCAACCCACAGAAGGAUAAGGGCGAUAAACAAGAUGUAACGAGCAGUCCCCAGUUUCACUUCUCGAUAUAUAAAUGGGCUAGCAAAGGAAUACCGUCAAUGAUGCCUCUAAGGAGAGUGAGCAGUUUGAGGUUGAGGAAGAAGAGCAAAAUUGAAAGCCCAAGCUUUACUGAAAGGAUGGAAACUAGAAGCGAGAUAUCAGAGUAUCAUUCUGCAACUCCGCUCAACGUCAGUUUCCCUUCGAAUACAAGGAUGUCAUUGACAGAAAAACGGGACGAACAAGCAGGACGGAAAGAAGAAGUGCAGGGUGGGUUCUCUAAAAAUGGUGAUGCUGUUAAAGGUUUCCAGAGACGGAACAAAGAGAUACUGGUUCAGAAAGGCAAAGUCGAGAAAGUUAUCAAGAAAGGAUCACCGAGGAGUUCAGAAGACGACACCGGGGAAAAAGGAUCCAAAGGGAAGGUAGUCGAUCCUCAUAUAGAAUCUCAGAAAGAAUAUGCUGCCUCAAAUAAUGCCAACGAUUUAUUCAGCGACACUUCUUCUGGUCAGAAGAAUAACUCGGCAUCAAGUACGGAAUCAGUUCCCGAUGACGCAAAAAUUUCAGUUGAAGAAGCUGACGAAUUGUCCUGUACUUAUUUUACUGCUAUAGAUGAUAAAAUACGACAGUGGUCACGUGGGAAGGAAGGAAACAUACGAUCCCUCCUUUCAACUCUACAAUACGUUCUUUUGCCAGGGAGUGGGUGGAAGCCUGUUCCUCUUGUCGAUAUAAUUGAAGUGCCUGCAGUAAAAAGAGCGUACCAGAGGGCUCUGCUGUAUUUACACCCAGAUAAGUUGCAGCAAAAGGGCGCAGCUCCACAUCAGAAGUACAUUGCUCAACAAGUUUUCGAAAUAUUGCAGGAAGCCUGGAAUCAUUUCAAUACGCUCGGCCCUCUGUAAAAACUUUGGUUUCCCUCAGUAGUGCUUCAAUGAUCAAUAGACCACUGUCAUUGUUGAUACAUGGAAUGGCACAAUGGAGGGUUGAGUCUAAAUUGCGCUAUAAUCAGUUCAUGUCGGUCUUUUCUUAAAAGCUCUACGAGGUAUGAGAAUAUGUAAUCGU